GGUCACACGCACCUGGGCUGAAAACAGCUGGCAUCUGAAACCCCUUGGACUUGCUGGAGACAGCCUGGUCUACCUGCGGAUGUUGUGAAUUAGGAGCUGGCCAAAGAGUGGGAGAGCUCCAGCAUCCCUCCCUGGAAAAGUAGGCAUUUGUCUAUGUAAUACAGCUGGCAGUUGAAUUUGAGAGGCGCUGAAGACUUACAGAGCUGCAGAGGCUCAAUUCUCCUCCAACUCUUCCAUGAACUGCUGUUGGCUCAGAGUGCUGCUGGGGUGAGUGCAGAAGAAUGGCUGCGGCAGAACCUCUGACCGCUUUCUCACGAUGGUACCUCUACGCCAUCCAUGGCUAUUUCUGUGAGGUGAUGUUCACAGCUGCCUGGGAGUUUGUGGUCAACUUCAACUGGAAGUUCCCAGGUGUUACCAGUGUGUGGGCACUCUUCAUCUAUGGCACCUCCAUCCUCAUUGUGGAGAAGAUGUAUCUGUAUCUCAAAGACAAGUGUAACAUUUUAGUGCGCUGCUUCAUUUACACACUGUGGACAUACCUCUGGGAGUUCACCACUGGCCUCAUCCUACGCCAGUUCAAUGCCUGCCCAUGGGACUAUUCCCAGUUUGAUUUUGACUUCAUGGGCCUGAUCACCCUGGAGUACGCCAUUCCAUGGUUUUGUGCUUCUUUCAUCAUGGAGCAGCUGGUGAUCAGAAACACCCUGCGCCUACGAUUUGAUGAGACUGCUGAGCCCGGGGCCCCCAGCGCACCCGUUGGCUUGGCCAACGGCCACGUGAAGACAGAUUGAGCAGUGACUUAGAACCACACUUAGCAAUCUGAGAGAGCCCAGACCUCUACCAUGGACAGCCAGCUCUGGCUCUGAGGUACUGCUCCUUGCUGUAUAAGAUUCAUAAACCCCAUUUUUCUAAUGGGGGUGUGCAUGGGAAAUACCAGAAAAAAUGGAACCAAUAGAUUUUCUAUGGAUUUUACUCUUUGGGCUCCAAGGACCAAUAUCAGUUAUUUGUUAGUUAGGUCGUUUCUGAUUUUAACUUAUUACUGAUGAAAGCAGUCCUUUUGCUUAAACUUUAAAGUGGAGAAAGAAGAAAAAAGAAAUGCUACAGCGGAAAUGCAUCCAAAAAACCCCACCUAAUCAGUGGAUGGGCAUGGACACGCCAGCUGAGUUAGUGAUUGGCUUACUCCAUUAGGCAAUAUUCAGGUGCUUGCUUGCAACCAAUACCUCCCGUGGGACCUGAGAUGCUGCAGGAACGAGCAAAAUCCAUCUGCUGUUGAGAAGUACCUAAGACUGGCAGUCUGCUGGGGAGGUAGAUGGUGUUCCCCUCACCAGGUCCCAUUGGCCUCUCCCCAGGUUCUUUGUUGCACCGGGAAAUAAUCUGGUGCUGGACAACUUGCUGAAUUUAUACAGAUCUUGUACUUUUUGAAAUCUCAGUCCUGAUAUUCCUGAUACUCACUAGAAUUUUUUUCUCUUUUUCUUUUUUUUUUCUUCUUUUUUUCUUCUUUUUUUUUUCUAGUAAAGGCCUUUAUUGCCAAGUGAAUUUUACCAUAAUCUGUGCUAUCUGAAUCUUGGCAAAAGGCGCAAGAAAUCGUGCAAGUCUUCCCAUCUUCUUUGUCCCCCCAAAGCAGAUCUGCAGAUUCCAGCUCCCAUCUCAGCCAUGCAAACCUUGUAGAGACUUUAUAGCCCACAAGACUUUUCUGCCUUCCUUUCCAGGGAUUCCUGUUUCUGGUGAUGUUGAUGACUUAGUCUGGCUGCAGCCCAUUGUAUUUGAAGGUGAAAACCUUCAUGUGGCUAACCCAGGAUUUGGUCCUCUGGCACUGAUUUCCAUGUUCCUUCAGCACUGGCAGGCCUUGGCUCAGUUCUGCCUAGUGUUCUGCUCAGUGUAUCAACUGGAUUUGCUUUUUCUUCUCAAAUUCUGCUUUAAAUAACCACAGUGAUAUUGUCGUGACAGUAAUUGGAGGCAGCAAGAGAUGUACCAUGUUGCUGAUACAUUUACUAAAAAAAACCAACCAACCAACCAAAAAACAAAACACCAGUCUCUGAAAAGCGUGCACUUCUUCAUGCUCUGCCUGAAUGGCGCUUUGAGUCAGGGCGUGAGAGCAGCAGUAGAGGGGUGGAGUAGGAGGCACUGCUGUGGCUUCACUGUAGACCUAUCUGCAGCAGGGACAGUUUGAAAUUUAAUCUAUUUGGAACACUUAAUGGAGAACAAGGACAGUUGUGGUGCAGGGAAGGUGUUUGAUAGUUGCAGCCACAAAUUUGUGAUUCAUUAUGUCAAGCCUUGGCCUUUGAAGUUUGCAGAAACAUGAAGCUUCCAGCUGUCAGCUGUCUCACUCCUGAACUGAUUUAUGGAGAAGGUUUGCCAGAGUUGUCCCAUAAGGCCAGAUUAAUUUUUCUUGUUCUUCCACCACAGUCAGCAGGACUGUACCAGGGAUAGUUUGGCUUGAAAUGCAGAUCUGUUGUAGGAUUCCACUCUUACUUUGGAAAUAGUGGGGCCAGUUCUGUGCAUGUCCCUUGUCUCUGGUAGGGGGUGCUCAGCUGUGAACCUGCUCCUUGCCCUGGUACAGCCAGUCCUGAGAGGAAGAGCACUGCUAGCCCUGUGGGUAGCAUUGUUUCUUGGUUCUGCUCUUACAGGGCAGUGUUAAUCCUUCUUUGUAUUGCACAGAGAGCAAUUAUUUUAUUCCUUCCCCUUUUCACAUGGCACCCAUUGCUGGCAAUGGACACAUGAAAACUUUGGUGGCAAGGAGUUAAUCAAAUCUGCCCUGGGUAUGCAAUGUAUCCUGACUCACUGAGAAUACUUAGGUGGGUAUUUAGAGUUCCAUUUUUAUAGUUCAUUAAAUUAAAAGAGAACAAACACUGAACAGAUAGUUCUUUUGAUGCUGUGAUGCCAGUGCUAUGAAAUCACAGGAACAGUAUGUAGUUUAUCAGCCUUGCUCGUCUCAGGAGUAUAGACCCAGGCAAAACAGUUACCUGAAACUGUACAUGGAGGAGAAAAAAAGAGCUUGGUGAGUGGGACAAUGUAGAUGAGCUCUACUGGAGCAGAACAAGAAUUGCAAGGUGCAGAUGCGAGUUGGGAUCCCACCAUUUUGGCCCUGGUUAUGUCACGAUCAUCAAAUGCAGUGUCUAAAGCUGGGUUGUCCUUUCACAGCAUAGCUUAAAUGUCAUGUUGUUCUGCCUCCUACACCACCCCCACAUCAUGUAAAACCCUCAGCUUUAUAGGAUCCCUUAGGAUCCCUGCUUUCUCCUUAGCUGUUACAAAACUCUUCGAAAAGGUUAAAAGCAAUGUGGUUAUAAAUGAUCCUUUAUCUGUGUUUUGCUGAGUGAUGUAAUAUUUAACUGCUCAAAAUAUGGAAGGGUUUCCCAGCAGCAUCUAGUAUCCUAGGGCUUUAUUCUUAUUGCCUGUGUCAUUGAAACAACUGUUGUAGUCUGCUUUCCACUGGUGUCUGAUGUGUACUACCCAACUGUUGCAUCUUCAUAGAGCGGUGAUUUAUACCCAGAAGUGCACUUUACUUGCAGCUUGCACACCAGAAACAGAAAAGGACCUGGCAAAUUCUUAAAUCAUUUAAUUAUGUAUAAUACUACAUACCUAAUGCAGCAGGAUUAGCCAGACUUCUACUUUCUGAGCAACAUGGCUGCUGUCAGAGCUUUGUCUUUUCUGCAAAAUCUUCUUUUUUAAUACAUGUGAUGCUUCUUAUAACAUCUUGCAGAACUGCCCAGAGCACGUUACCAGGAUCUCAGUGGCAGCUCAGUGAGAGCUCGGGAGCUGGACUGAAGUUGAAGAGACAUUUACAUUAAGAAGAAAAAAAAAACAAAACGCACAAGGCCUAACAUUUGUUUGUAUGUGUAUCUUCCUCAGUAGAUUAAAGUUGCCUGUUUUGAGUUCACCAGCAAUAAAAAAACCUUGUGAUUUA